AUGCAACAAUUGAUUGGAGAAAAAUCACAUUUUUAUUGGCACAUUUAUCAUUUCAAAGCUCAAGAGGUUCAAAGUCACGAAGAGUUUUCCAAAGCACAAAAAUUCUUAGACGAUGAUGAAGAUGAUGCUCAACAGUGUUGGUUGGCUUUGAUAAUCCGUGAACAGCAACAACAGCAAAGGCAAAAUAUGAGUUUCAACGUCUCAAGAGUAGUUUCUAAUGAGAUUGCAAUAAGUAAUAAAAAAGCUUCACCGAAAAUUAUGGGCACAAAGAGAUGCUGA